AUGGACGACGAGGAGGAGACCUACCGGCUGUGGAAGAUUCGCAAGACCAUUAUGCAGCUGUGCCAUGACCGAGGCUACCUGGUGACUCAGGAUGAGCUGGACCAGACACUAGAGGAGUUCAAGGCCCAGUUUGGGGACAAGCCAAGUGAAGGGCGGCCACGGCGCACGGACCUCACAGUGCUGGUGGCCCACAAUGAUGACCCCACUGACCAGAUGUUUGUCUUCUUCCCAGAGGAGCCCAAGGUGGGAAUCAAGACCAUCAAGGUGUACUGCCAGCGCAUGCAGGAGGAAAACAUCACCCGAGCCCUCAUCGUGGUGCAGCAGGGCAUGACACCCUCUGCCAAGCAGUCCCUGGUUGACAUGGCCCCCAAGUACAUCCUGGAACAGUUUCUGCAGCAGGAGCUGCUCAUCAAUAUCACGGAGCACGAGCUGGUCCCAGAGCAUGUCGUCAUGACCAAGGAGGAGGUGACAGAGCUGCUGGCCAGAUAUAAACUCCGAGAAAACCAGCUGCCCAGGAUCCAGGCUGGAGACCCCGUGGCACGCUACUUUGGGAUCAAGAGAGGGCAGGUAGUGAAGAUCAUCCGGCCCAGCGAAACCGCAGGCAGAUACAUCACCUACCGGCUGGUUCAGUAG